AUGACUAACGCUCUACGGGCUGCUGCGUGUACUUCUACAUCUAGAAACUUACCCUUGGAGACACGAUUCUGCACUUCAUGGAAUCAUCCGAUUGGUCUAAAUGAAAGGUUCUACCCGACAUGCGUCCAGGGAUGCUCGCUCAAGUUCCAGAACCCGGUCAUUGGGCGUUCCCCUACUGGGCCUAGGCAAUCGGACUUCGCUGAACCUCCCCUGCAGACAAAACUAGGAACUGUUCCGGAAAGAAACGGAAAUUUAUUUUUCUGUGUGCGUUUCCAGUUUAGCCGGACGGUCAGAUUUAACCCUUCUUUGUUGCAGGUGGAAUUUAAGGAUAUUCUGCUCCGCUACAGUACGGACGUGAUCGGGUCGGUAGCGUUCGGCAUCGAUUGCAACACGGUCAAGGGCGGCAACGAUGACUUCCUCAACAUGUCACGCGAGCUGUUCCGCCGCAACUUCAUAUUCCUCCUGCGCUUCUUCCUCAUCUCUGUUCACCCCGUGUUCGUCAAGCUGUUGCCCUUUAAGCGAAUCUUCAAAGAUAUGACCGAGUUCUUCCUAAAACUUAUGUCCGACACAGUCAAUUACCGCGAGAAGAACAAAGUGGAGCGCAAUGACUUUGUCCAAAUCAUGAUGCAGCUCCGCGAGGAGGAUCGAAACCGGAGUACACUGGACCGGGCGAGCCACGUCGAGCUCAACAACGACACUAUGGCGGCACAGGCUUUUCUUUUCUUUGUAGCCGGCCUCGACAACGUAGCCAAUACGAUCGGAUUCGCACUCCACGAACUCGCGAUGAACCAUGCUUUGCAGCGACGCGCAGUGGCUGAAAUUCAAGAAAAUAUAAGGAAGCACGGAAGUUUAACCUAUGAUGCUGUUCGGGAUAUGGAGUUGAUUGAGAGAAUAGUGAGGGAGUCACUGCGGAAGUACUCGCCGGUUGGCAUCUUGACGCGCCAGCCCAGCGAACCCAUCAAGAUUCCAGAUUCAGAUGUUGUGAUUGACCCGUCCGUCAUGGUUUGGAUCCCAGUGUGGCAGGCCAUGCACGACCCAGACAUUUUUCCUGAGCCCGAGCGCUUCGACCCAGAUCGCUUUACCGAAGAGGCCAAGAAGACCCGCCAUCAGUACAAUUACCUGCCCUUCGGAGAAGGACCCCGAUUUUGCGUCGCCGAACGAUUCGCCAUUCUUGAAAUGAAGCUGUGCAUAGCUGGGCUGUUGCAGCAGCAUGCGUUUGACGCCGGUAGUAAGACUGACGUCAAGCUCAAACUCGAUCCCAAAACGUCCAGUCCCACUCCACAGAAUGGUUUCUGGCUUCAAGUGACAGAUAGACCGACAUCUGCGUUAUAGUUAUUAGUCUAUUCAAAACGAGUUGUAAAUUAACAGCGUAAUUAAAGCGUAUUUAAUUUUGCUAGCAGCACAUCCAAGCCAUAAACAUUUUCCUGGAAGUUUAAAAUGACAACUAGUUGUAUUUAUAAAUAAACAUUAUUCUUUUUCA